ACUUGCUUUACCUCAGCAGCAAAAGUCUGAACCUCCGGGACAUGACGGACAACAAAAGCGCCGUUGUGACUGCUAGUCGAGCCGUGUUUCUGGAAGAUUCAGCGAAUCAUCGAGCCCCGGCAGUCGUUGUUGGUUUCGAGAUGCUGUAUCUGAGCUUUGAGGAGAUGAUGCUCAACGCCAGCAACAAGGUUUGCCGGCCUGGCAGUUCUAUACGCUGUUAUCUGCUGGACGAGCACGGAUACGUAAUAUACGCCUCACCUCCUCAGGACAUACGAGAGGAAAUGUUCUAUCUUCGUAGUUUCUUCGGUCGUCUCAGCCUUGAGCAUACUGUUAACGGGGGCGUCGAAAGGUUUUUGAUGAAAAAGCUUGUAGACAAAUACGUGUACAAAGAAGUGACUUUCGUGGAUUUUCAGGCAUUGUGCCUCGAAUUGCAUCUGCCUAGCUUCUCGAAGCGACUGAUGAAUCCUUUUCUUUCACUAGUGAAAUUGCUGUUUUGGUGUUCGAAAGCGUUAUAUAACACCAUUAUCCAAUGCAGCUUUUGGAGUCUGAUCUCUGGCUUGAUCGCUCGCAUUAAUGGUUACACUCCGACGUUUCAUGACAUUCACGAGGGGUUGGCGUGCGACAAGGCUUCUUCGUUCUACCUGCUAAACAAGGAUUUUCGCGGUCCAGUUACCUUGUCAGAAGACAAGGUGUUGUGCACUGGGUUGAAUUUCAAGGAGACUUCUUACCAGAAGAAGAUAUCAUGCAACUUGAAAGCGUACGCUGUCAGGAUCAAAAAGACUAACCUGGUGUUGGUCGUCUACAACUCUGACAAUGGUCGAUGUGACGAUGACCUGUGCAAGUUGCACUUCAUGCGAAGCACGGUACCAUUCGAAUUCACCGUCCUCGCUUAUGCGACCGACAAGCUUGUUCAUUCCUCUGGUUGCAAAACUAUUUCUGCCCGGUACAGAAGGUCGCCAUCGGUCUGUUACGCGAUUGAUGAUCACGUAAGCUGUUCGAAGUGUUGCUCAGUCUCAUUAUAAUA